AUGUUGUUCGAGUUGUGGGAGGAGAAUUUGACGGCAUUGAGGUCUGCCCAAAAAAACACGCACAUAUUCAAACGUAUGUGUGAGAAGUUAUUGGCGGCAGGCUUCAAUGUAGAGUGGAAGGAUGUAAGGACCAAGAUAGACAAUGUGACCAAAAAAUAUAAAAAUGAAAUUAAGAAGCGAGGUCCAACUGGCGGUGCGCCAUCGCAGUUGCAACAUUUUGCCAAGGUCCACAGAAUCUUGUCAGCGGUGAAGUCGAUCAAUUUUGGAGAAUGCAUCCUCGAUAGCUUGGAUCCCGAUGAAGGGAAGUGGGAUAGAUUCAUGUCGUCUAUUUCAAAUCGUCGGCGCAGGCAGUCCAGUCCUGUGCUAGCUGAACCGUGUGACUCGAAUGAUUUAUAUUCGGGUGAUUCUAACAUCAUCCUUUUUGGAGUUGAUGAUGAAGGUAGUACUGUGCUAAGUCAGCCACUACCGCAAAAUAUUGUGCUUGAAGCACCGACCAACGCAAAUAGCGUAAUAUUUGAAGAAAGCUCAUCUGGCACAUUACUACCUUCAUCAAGUCAAAAAAGAAUGAUGUUAGAAUCACCCGAAUAUAAAUCAUUCGAGUCACACGGUUCAGCUACACAUGCUGGGCCGCCUGCAAAAAAAGACGAAUAGGCCGACCAAUGAGUGAGUUCGAGCGUCUGAUGGUCGAGGACGCAAACAGGCGGACCGAUAUUCUGGAGCGCGGUAUCAACGUUCGAAAUCAAUUAAUGGAGCGAUUUGUCGUAGCA